GCCCGGGUGUCCCAUGUUUUCUGAGCUGGUGCUUUUUUUCUGGAGUUCGCGUUGGAUCUGGUCAGCGAGGACCGGGAAGCUCAGAGAAAAAGAGGCGGUUUCGUUUUCGGAGACAGGAGACAAAAGUCAGAUUGGAGCAGCGCCGGACAGUGGAUGGCCUUGACUGACGGCGGCUGGUGCCUGCCGAAGCGUUUCGUGGCUGCUGCUGCGGACACCGGUGACUCUGGGGCCUUUCCAGCGCGGGAGCCCUCCUCCCCGCCUUCCCCGAUCUCUUCCUCGUCUUCCUCCUGCUCCCGGGGCGGGGAUCGCGGUCCCUGCGGCGCCAGCAACUGCGGGACGCCGCAGCUCGACACCGAGGCGGUGGCGGGACCUCCGGGCCGCUCGCUGUUGCUCAACCCCUACGCCUCGCAUCCCUUCGCGGCUGCCCACGGACCUUCGGCGCCCGGGGUCCCUGGCCCCGGGAGCGCCCUGUCUAGUUGGGAGGACUUGUUGCUCUUUACCGAACUCGACCAGGCCGCGACCGCCAGCAAGCUGCUGUGGCCCAGCCGGGGCGCCAAGCUGAGCCCCUUCGCGCCCGAGCAGCCCGAGGAAAUGUACCAGACCCUCGCCGCCCUGUCCAGCCAGGGGCCGGCCGCUUACGACGGCGCGCCCGGCGGAUUCGUGCACUCCGCGGCGGCGGCGGCAGCGGCGGCGGCGGCGGCGGCCAGCUCUCCCGUCUACGUCCCCACCACGCGCGUGGGGUCCAUGCUGCCCGGGCUGCCGUACCUGCAAGGGGCGAGCAGCGGGCCCAACAACCACGCGGGUGGCGCGGGAGCUCCCCCCGGCUGGCCCCAGGCCUCGGCCGACAGCCCCCCGUACGGCGGGGGCGGCGCAGCGGGCGGCGGGGCGGCGGGGCCCGGAGGUGCGGGCUCGGCCUCGGCUCACGCCUCGGCGCGCUUCCCCUACUCGCCUAGCCCGCCCAUGACCAACGGCGGCGCGCGGGACCCCGGGGGCUACGUGGCUGCGGGCAGCGGGGGAGCGGGCGGCGUGAGUGGCGGCGGCGGCAGCCUGGCGGCCAUGGGCGGCAGGGAGCACCAGUACAGCUCGUUGUCCGCGGCUCGGCAGCUGAACGGGACGUACCAUCACCAUCAUCACCAUCAUCCCACUUACUCGCCCUACAUGGGGGCUCCGCUGACGCCUGCCUGGCCAGCCGGACCCUUCGAAACGCCCGUGCUGCACAGCUUACAGAGCCGCGCGGGAGCCCCGCUCCCGGUGCCACGAGGCCCCAGCGCAGACCUGCUGGAGGAUCUGUCCGAGAGCCGCGAGUGCGUGAACUGCGGCUCCAUCCAGACGCCACUGUGGCGACGAGAUGGCACAGGCCACUACCUGUGCAAUGCGUGCGGCCUCUACAGCAAGAUGAACGGCCUCAGCCGGCCCCUCAUCAAGCCGCAGAAGCGCGUGCCUUCAUCCCGGCGGCUUGGAUUAUCCUGUGCUAACUGUCACACAACAACCACCACCUUAUGGCGUAGAAAUGCCGAGGGUGAACCUGUGUGCAAUGCUUGCGGACUCUAUAUGAAACUCCAUGGGGUGCCUCGACCACUUGCUAUGAAAAAGGAAGGGAUUCAAACCAGGAAACGAAAACCUAAAAACAUAAAUAAGUCAAAGGCUUGCUCUGGUAACAGCAGUAACUCUGUUCCUAUGACUCCAACUUCCUCCUCUUCUAAUUCAGAUGACUGUACCAAAAACACAUCUCCUUCAACACAACCGACAGCCUCAGGGGCCGGCGCCUCUGCAGUAGGAGAGGGUACCAACUCCGAGAACAGUGACCUCAAGUAUUCAGGUCAAGAUGGCCUCUACAUAGGUGUCAGCCUGUCCUCUCCCACCGAAGUCACAUCCUCCGUACGGCAGGAUUCUUGGUGUGCUCUGGCCCUGGCCUGAGAUGGUGCUGACAAAUGACAAGAGGCCAGGAGGGCUCUGAGGGCCUCGUGCCCCUUGCCUGAGUUUGUCCAGCGGUCCAGACGGCAGCAAAAAUGCAGACAUAACAUUCCUUCGAUGCAUGAUUUCCGUGCCUUUGUUUUGAAAGAGAUAUAUUUCCCAAGAAGCUUGCUGAAGUAAGAAGAGACAGCUCCUGCAGGAAGGGACAUCAUGGCAGGUACAAGGCCUGCUCCCGCCAGCCUGGGCCACCUCCAGCCAGCCUGCCUCUGGGUCUGCCCGCACCAGUGGCAGAAACUGCACCAGUGACUGAGGCCUUGUCUGCUAAGGAAGACUGAAAGAUUUAAAAUGUUUUAUGCAAAUUACCCCAAAUCAUGCGCUUCUUGUGAUCAACCUUGGUUAUCCCAGAAUUUCUUCAUACCUGAUUGAUGUGCACAUUUCACAAGCAUUCGUGGAGAGGAGCAUUGAAGCCAUUCGGUACAUCCCGGAGGCUGAAUGCAGUCCUGGGGUCUCGACAAGAAUAUUAGUUUGCAAGACCGAAUUAUAACGGACAGAUGCUGACUGAUGUUUCUCAGCGUUCAUUGUAGUGGCUGAUCUGAGGCCACUUGGAAUUUGUAAACAGGGUAGCAAACAAGAUAUUUUUCUUCCAUGUACACAAUAAUUUUUUUAAGUGCAAUUUGCGUUGCAGCAAUCAGUGUUAAAUCAUUUGCAUAAGAUUUAACAGCAUUUUUUAUAAUGAAUGUAAACAUUUUAACUUAAUGGUACUUAAAAUAAUUUAAAAAAAAAUGUUAACUUAGACAUAUGCUUCUUACACCCACGGCCCAUUUCUGUAUUCCCAAUUGUUUAAAAAAGAAAAAGAAAAAAAAAAAAAAAAGAAAAAAGAAAAAAAAAACCAAUAACAAAAAAAAAAUUUCAAGAACAAAUCUUCUCUCAGGAAAAUUGCCUUUUCUCCAUUUAUGAAUUUUUAUACAAGAACACUACACCAACACAGCCCCCUUUCUUUUACCGAGGAAAAAAAGUGCUGGAAAUUGCAACAAACCUUUACUACCUAAAGAACAGCAUUUGUAAAUAUUCUAAGCAUCUGUAAACACUCUUGAAGUCUGUACCGUGUGACUAACCCACAGGUUGGUUUACAUUAAGUUUUGUUUUGUUUUUGUUUUUUUUUUUUUAAAUGGGAUGUCGUAUGGAAACCUAUUUCACCAGAGUUUUAAGAAAUAAAAAGGGAAUUGUUUUUGUGUUCUG